AUGCCUCGAACAAGCAAGCAUAAGCGUCCAAAGCUCGUGCGCUAUGUGGACAUCCAGGAGGACGAGACCGAGUACCAACAGCAUCGUGUCUAUGGUGUUCAUGACGGCGAAGUCAGUCUCCAAUCUACCCAAUUUGUUUCUUCAUCUUCGAUACCUCAUUCAUUUCCCGAGCUUGCAUCUGGUGAGAACGAGCCACAUGACUUCACAGGCCUUUGGGACGAACUUCCUCCAGGUCUCGAUGACCAGACAACAACAGUCGAGUUGCCAAUGGAGUCAGCAGACCAAACACCGUCCUUUCAAAAAUCUAAGAGGAAAAGGACCGCAGGGGAUAAUCCAUUGUUAUCAUGGCUCUCAGAGCGCUCAAUGUAUCUAGAUGAGAUGAUUCAGCUGGAAGGUCGCGGAAGUGAAGCAACACGCUCUUUUUGUCAUUGUGGAAGUGAGGACCUGCCGGUUUACAGGUGCAGGGACUGUUUUGGGAUAGAGAUGAUUUGUCAGAGCUGUGUAAUUGAAUGUCAUAGAUGCAAUCCAUUGCACCGAAUAGAACAAUGGACACAAGAUCAUUUCGCGCGCGUCUCACUCAAGCACCUCGGUCUCCGCAUUCAACUUGGACACACUCCUGGCGAGGUCUGUUUGAACAAACAGAGAGCAAGUGGUGAUGAGUUUGUUGUCAUUGAUGCCCAUGGGAUCCAUGAAAUUGGCCUCGACUUCUGCGGCUCUCGCUUGUUCCCUUCCACAUCCUCUAAUCCCCAAACAGCUGCUAGCUUUGCUGUCAUGGAAUUUUUCCAUUUGUUGUCCUUCGAAUCAAAAGUUUCACCGUAUGAAUUCUACCACAGUCUUGCCCGUCACACAGAUAAUACAGGAAUUACACCAAUCAAGGAUAGUUAUUCAGCAUUCCUGUGCAUGGUACGAGAGUGGCAUAACCUCAAACUUCUUAAAUGUUCAGGGAGAGGACACCACCCUGAUGGAAUCAGUACCACGCAAGAUGGUGACUGUGUCGUCCUUUGUCCUGCAUGCCCGCAACCAGGGAAAAAUCUUGCGGUGGGAUGGGAGAACGUGGAGCCCAGGUCAAAAUGGGUAUAUGCCCUUUUUCUCUUGAUUGAUGCAAAUUUCCGCUUGAAACUGAAAGCAGUGUCAAACGACCAGCGCGACCCCAGCCUCAAUGCUGGGUCGUCAUAUUUUGUAGAAGAGACGCGCUACAAAACAUACCUGGCUGAGCGAGUCACAUUGCCACAAGAGCGAAGUACAUGUGUUAGUCAUAACGCCGUCAACAUGGCAGAUACUAAGUCAUCAAGAGGUCUUGCUGCGACUGGUAUAGGGACUGUUGACUGUGCACGACACGAGAUGAAACUGGCAAGCGGAGUAGGUAUUGGUGCAACCAUCCUCAAUUUGUCUUACGAUGUGGCCUGUCAAUGGCAUAAAAAGAUAUGGGCACACUUGGCCUCGAUGCCUGAUAGGCUGCAGUUCAAUCGUGAGAACAAGACAGUGCAAUUUUUUGUGCCAAAGUUCCACAUCAAUGCCCACAUCCCCGCCUGUCAAACAAACUUCUCAUUCAAUUACUCUAAGGGUGUCGGUCGCACAGAUGGAGAAGCACCAGAGCGAGGCUGGGCAAAUGUGAACAGAGUAGCUACCAGCACUAAGGUGACUGCUGGUCAUGUUUUGCUACGCAAACUAAAAGAAGCGGUGAGGAGUGCUAAGGUGCAUGGUGAUGAGCUAGCCGAACUGCAGAGUGCGAUAGAUGCUGUGUCCCUGAGCGCAUGGAGAUCUGAGGUUGAGGCUUGGGAAGAUGAUGGUUCACAGCCCAACCCAUUUGAGAGCCACAUAGCACCAAUGACCCAAACCACUGUUCGACUUCAACUGACCGAGAACGAGGCUCGUGACUUACAAGCUGGCAUGAAUGCUUCUUUGCAUGAUGAGGUAUCACCCUUCAUACUUAUUUCUAUAGGCUUAGACUUAGAGGACCAACAGCAUCGUCUAUGUGCAGAUACUGCUGCGCUUGGAGUUCAUGCUACUGAAAUACAGAAAGCCAAGAUUUGCACGCGAAGCAAUGCGCUCCUACACAAGAUCGAGUCAUGGACAACAAUCCAGACACUAUACAUGCCUGCAGUGGCCCUACUUCGUUCAACACCAGAGCUCACACGAGGGGCAAAUAACGAUGCAGAUAAGCCUGAGGAUUUACAUCUCUGGCUCCCUUCCUCACUAGGUACAAAGUAUACCUGCGACCGCCAUCUGCAAGAGCUCGAAUGGGAGCUCCGCUUUGCCCAAGCACACGAUGCCCUAAAUGAAGUGUGCCAGAGCAUUCACCUCUCAUCUCAUCUUAAGACAUUCAAACGGACUCACAUUCAUGGACAACAGGCAUCAACACGAGCUCGCAGCAUGUUAGACCUUGCCGAUACGAAGAAAAUGGCAAACAAGCUCAAAUACGACACCGCUCGCACCGCGCUGAUUGUUCUUGCUCCAAUUCUGGGUAAGGUCACUUGGGAGGGGAACUUAUGUAUGCUGCAGGUCGCAGACCUGCGUCCAUUAGGUGACAUUGCACCUGGUCAGUCGGAGGGCACGAGAGACAUCUCAUGGAUCUGGAAGGCGCCGGGUGCCUUGCAAGAUGACGAUGCUAGCCUUCAAGAUUGUCUACGUAUUGAGUGGUGCAAAGCACGAGCAUGCGAAGGAUGGUGGUCUGAAGAAGUAUUAUUGCUCCUCAAGGAAAUGCGGAGAGUCAUUGAGUUCCUCAAGUGGCAGGCUAAUUGGUGGAAAGAUCAUGGAACAGCAGCCAUAUUUGCGAAGCCCACCCAUCAAGAAGGGGCUCUUGCAUAUGCAGAACGGCAGGCUCACAUCCGGCUCGCAAUGGUCAAGCACGCUCAAGAGCUUUGGGCAGCCAUUCCGUCAAUUGUAGAGUCUCGGCUUCUUCCGGACAAUGAAGAGAACACUGCGGAGAUAUGUGAUGUAUUACUGACCAUGGAGGGCCCACCACCUGAUGAUGUUAUAUAA